CCACAACGUAUCUUUGCGAGAGUGGGUUUUCAGCACUUGCCCACAUCAAGAACAAAUAUCGACACAGACUCUGCAAAGAGAAUGAUUUGAGACUCAGACUUUCUCCGAUACAACCAAACAUCACAGAGUUAUGCAAGUCAUUUCAAGCACAUCCAUCUCAUUAAACAAGUCCGAGCUGAUGUCAUUUUUGGUCACACCUAGAGCCGCAGACCCUCACGUUAAAGCCAAUGAUUCCAGCAUAUACUCCCCAGAGCAGAGAAACAAAGAUUUACCCAAAAGAGCUUCAGUCACAGCUGUGGACAAACAAGAAGAACGACCAGAGGUCCCUGUCUCUCAACCUACAGCAUUUACCAGCAAUACCUUUACACCAGCCAGCACUCCCUUUACGACAACCACAGAGUUAACCAGCACUACCGGUUCAACCAGUGCCAAACGCAACACCAAAACAUCUAACAGAAAUUCAACCUCGCUCUACGAAUCUCCAAGGACAAAACACAGAAUCCUGUCCACUUCCACCUCACAGAGCACAAAGACCACCCCAGCAAGAUACACUGCGGGACCACCAAGAGCUCCUGUUACUGACGCCACACCGCUCAGAUGUAACAUCACUGACAGAAUGUGGAUAAAAACAGUGCUGUCCAUACAGUUACGAAGGAGUCGUCUAGACAGUAUUCUGAAGCAGAAUCUCCCUAGAGGACUAACAAAUGCACUGAAGAAGGCAUUGAAUGACAGCAUGGUUCAAGCUAAGGUGGAAAGCAUUUCCAGUGUGCCUAACGUGACUGUUGGAUAUUACGUGACCCGUGGAGGGAUGGUGUACACCGCCUCUGUGGUGGUGGAGGCUCUUACUCUCUAUGGUAUUGAGAGAUUAAUGGCAGACAUCCGACAGUUUGUGCCUCUGGUCCAGGCAGUUCCCAUGCCAGCAGCCCGCUGGAGACCCAGUCCUGCCAUCACACUCAUGCUGAAGACAGUUCUGAGGUUUGUAGGUCCAGAUGAUGACCUCAGAUCCUGUAGGUUUACUCAGAUGGUGGAGCAGAGGCUGGAGAAUGCUUUUGCUGAGGCAGAGGCCAUGGUGCUUAACUCUUACAGCUCUCUCACUGUACAGAUCUUGAGUGCAUCUCAGUCUUCAGGUUCUCCUGCUGUAUCUCUGAUCUAUGUGGUGCAUAAUGGAAGCAUCACUCUCAAUGGCACUACAGCCAGUAACCUCCUCAGUCGUUUGACAGCAGAGCUGGUGGGCUACUUCCUGUUUUACCCUCCACUGAUCACUGCAGAGCCUCUGGAGUAUCACAACCUCAAUACCUCUGUAGAAACCAGGCAGUUCUGGGUCAUCACAGUUAUUCAGGAUGUGGAGAACUCAUCUCUUGAGGGACAGUACCAGAGCUUCGCCAGUCUGAUGGAGGAGCGUUUGGCUGAGCUCCUCAUGGUGGCCCAUCAGCAAGGCCUUCGCUUCAGAAGAGCAACAACAGUGGGCAGUUACACUGUCCAGAUGGUGAGUAUCAGGCGCUUGCAUGGUCCAAAAAACCCAGCCGAGAUGACCUACUACGUCCAGCAAAACGGGACCCCACUGCUCGGCACAGCCACGGCCAAGCUUCUUAAUACACUGGACUCGCAGACCAUGGCGCUCACGCUGGGCUAUUUUGUCGAACUGCAAGCUGAAGCCGUGGUGAAGAAUCCUCCCAACAAUCUGUGGAUCAUUGCUGCGGUGCUGGCGCCCAUCGGUGUGGUGACCCUCAUUAUCAUCAUCAUUACUACUGUACUGUGUCAUAAAAACAAGAACGAUUUCAAGAGUGAUCCAGUCGGUAGCUUCAACCCUCGAGUCAAGACUGCUUACUGGAGAGACGUGGGUUAUUACCCUCAGCCUGUUCAGGGGUUUGACUAUGCCAAGCAACACCUGGGUCAGCAGGGUGGUGAUGAGGAGAACCUCCAGGUUACCCAGGAGACCAUGAUUCUGCCUCACCCCAUCCGAGAUGCCCCGCUGUCCUUAGAUAAGGUCAUACGUCGGGAUGGGUCUGCAUCCAAGAAGAGCUUAACCAGUGAGAUACGGAAAAGUAGGUUACCGAGUGAGGAUGGCUCUGUCAUCAGCAGCGAAUCACUGAAGGAGGUUUCGGGCAAGGGCUCGAUUGUGCAAAAAGCCACAGCACAGCAGAAACUCACAAAGGAGGAGAGCAGAAAGAGUAAUGAUCAUUAUGAUAGUUCCUCUGGAUCACUUCAGCUCAUUUCCAUUAAACCAAUGACUGCUCCACCCAACUACUCACACCCCGCGUCCUCCGACCGCAGUCAGGACUCGGCCAUAUUCAAUGGAGAGGUGAAUUUGGCUCUGAAACAGAAGUCAGACAUUGAACACUACAGGAAUAAGCUGAGGCUGAAGGCAAAAAAGAAGGGUUACUACGACUUCCCAUCUGCUGAAGGGAGAAACAGCUCUAAAGACCUGAGCCAGAGACACAAGUAUAACCGUGACAAACCUCCUCAUCCUCACGGCAGACCUGCAGAGCAGGAAGACGACAGGGGAUCCACAUAUGUGAAACAUCAUAGGAGAGUGUCACAGGUGAAGCAGCCCUCACAUCGAAGCAGACAGUCUCUAAACAGUCCCAGUCCUGGAGGAACAGAGAUGGAUCUUCUGGUCAUGAGAGAAAGACCCAGAAAGGGGAUUCGCAACACUGGUUAUGAUACUGAGCCAGAGAUUAUUGCUGAAACUGACGUGGACCAUGUGGCAAGCGGUCAUUAUUACGGUUGUGGUCGACAGAUGAAAGGUCAAUCUGAAACAUCCACGCUGAGCUCUCAGCCCUCUAUAGAUGAGGUCCGUCAGCAGAUGCACCUUCUUCUGGAAGAGGCCUUUAGUCUGGCUUCAGAUAGCCGUACGGCCUCCAGCAGACACCAUCAGCAUCCGCCGCUGGGCUCUUAUGGCCUGGGUCCAGUCAUUCCAUACUCCGAGGUGGUAACCAGCACACCAGGCACAACGUGUCGAGGACAGGGAGGUCUGCAGUGGGUGCCAGCCUAUAGACCAGACCCUUACCAGUACAGCCUGGCCAAACAGGCAUUCAGGUUUACUCAGCUUCCUGACAUGGCUUUAGGGUCUCCUCCACCGCCCAUCCCUCCGAGAACAUGCCCUCCACCUGAACCCUCACUGAGACGGUCAUCCUCUGACCUUGGUCCAAAGGGUCACUGCUCUGAAUCUUCAGCACCGAAUCAGCACGGCAGCGCCGCCUAUAUGCCAGACAGCAGAGCAGCACUUCCACCUGUCACUACUGAGCCUAUUCCCAACCACUCAGGAAAUCCCAUGACAGCGGUGUAUGCCAUUCCAGCCACUCGUCCUGGGUACACGGGCUAUUUCAUCUCCACGCCACCCUCCUCCUACCACAGCCCGUCCUGGAUGUCCUACCCACCUGAACCCGAGGAUGUGCCUCCUCAGUGGGCUGAAUCUAUGCCCUUACCAGGCUACGCAGAGGCCUUUCCGCAUCCCCACUAUCCUCAGGGCAGCCCUCUCCUGUGGCACCAUAGUCAGGCUGCGUCCGCUCGGGGCGGUCCGGACCAUCCGCCCUCUUCAUCCACCGCAGCAUCCCAGCAGAGUCUGGCAGAGUCUGGGGAUCGGAUCAGACCUGAUGCCCCCCUCAGCAGCCUGUCCACCUCAGCCCUGGUCAAAGCCAUCCGUGAUGAGGUGGCCAAGCUGGCCAAGAAGCAAGCACACAUGUUUGAGUUCCAAGUGUAGAGGUUUCCAGAUGAGCAGACCACAUUUACGCAUUUAGAACUCCUGUAUUAAUCAGACUUUUAAUUAUUAUACUUCAACGGAUCCUUCUAUUAUACUUAAAUGAAAUGCCUGUCUGUUGUUUAUACACAUUUUGUGUGAUUCUCUUUUACUCUGGCCAUUGUAGUAUAACAUUGAUAUAUCUAAUUCAAGAUUUUUUUUGUACUGGGAUAAUAUGAUAGUCUAAACAGUUAUUGGUUGUAAGUGUUGUGUUUCGUUUAUGAAACAGUAAUUAUUUGAAUUUCAUCAUCAAAUUUCAACAUCAAUGUCUAGACCAGGUGUGACUGAAGUGAAAGUGACCUAUUAGUCAGAUAUGGUGACCCAUACCCUUAAUGUGACCUCUGCAUUUAACCCAUCCAGAGAGUAGUGAACACGCACAGCAAGUCGUGAACACACGUACACCCGGAGCAGUGGGCAGCUAUCACUGCAGCGCCCGGGGAGCAAGUGGGGGUAAGGUGCCUUUGCUCAAGGGCACCUCAAGCGUUACCCGCUGGCCCUGGGAAUCGAACCGGCAACCUUCUGGUCACGAGUCCGACUCUCUAACCAAUAAGGGGAUGAAUAAGGGGAUCUAAAAAUCAUAAAAAUGACAGUGGAAGCUAGACACCAGGCCCUUCAUUUUGUUUAGACUUUUCACUUAUUGGCUACAUUCCCACAAAAUGUGUUGAAUUGCAAUUCAAAGAAAUUCAACACAGUCCAAAAUAUGAAAAAUGGCUUCCUGGAAUAUUUUAAUAAAACCAAACUGGCAUUGACAUAAUGCUCAUUAUUUCGUAUAGUCUAUAAUGAGUAAAAUGUAUAGCAAUUAGUUCACACAUCUAAUAUUUAUAUAAUGUAUUAUUAAUAUUUCUUUUAUUUAAGAUAGUCAGGAAGGGAGAGUGGCUAGAGUGGUCAAAGACUAAGCGUCCAUCAGGGCAUUGUGUUGCAGUUGGUCAUUUAAUUUAGAUAACUUUGAUUGAUUGUCAUCAUUUUUUAUAUUUAGUGUUUAAUCAACAGAAGGAAUGUGUUAUGGUUUAAUAACUUGAGACAUAGUACACCAUGUAAUAAUGUUCUGUAAAAGGUGCUAAUGUAGAUGUAAUGCCUCAUCAUAAUCAUCAUGGUGGAGUUAAAUGUAAAAGAGCUUUCAUGCCUAAUAAUGACUUUUUUUCUCUUUUACAUUGUUUUUUUUCACAUUUAACACAUUGUUUGUUUCACAUAAGGGCUUUUUUAUAAUGUAACAUAAAAUGCAUUUGAGAGAGACUCAUCUGUCUUAUACAAUGGAUCUGUUUACUUUAAAGCAGUUUGACUGGCAGUCUGAAAGUCGAUAAUGCAUGAAUUAAGAUUCUGUAUAAAUGAUUUAAAUCUGACGUGUACUGUUCAAAAUGCACUUUACUCUUGAUUUUUGUGCACAUGCAAGUAAAAAAAUACCAAAA